CUGUAUCAAAGACCUUCUUGUUCUCAAUAGCAGCAACAACGUGAAGACGACUUGAGCAAAGAUGAAGUUCCUAAUUGUAGCCUCCUUCUGCGUUGCUGUGGCUCUUGGCCAGAAUGUGAUUCAGUCAAAACCAAAUGUUAGAAAUCUGCCUGCAGACGUCCGUCCACAGGCUCCGGGUCAAUGCUACGGAUUCACUGCCAGAAGGGCCUUCCCUGUGGGUCAGUCUUGGCAACUGACUCCCUUCUGUGGCAGAGCCACUUGCCUCCAGCAAGGGAACCAGCUGUUCGAAAAGGUGGAAGACUGCGGCUUUGAGCCCAAGCCAUCUCCUGGCUGCCGAGUCGUGAACGAAGCCGACCAAGCUAAGCCAUACCCAGCCUGCUGCCCCGCGUACCAAUGCCAGCCAGGUGCCACCCUUCAGUACCCAACUGAGCAAGAACUGAGGGCUGCUGCUCAGCAAAAUGCUCAAGCUGCACAGGGUGCACAAGGAUAAUUACUCGGUCACAAAAAGUCAGUCUUCAAGGAGCUUCAAUGUACCAAGAGUGUAACUUUUAUGACCAAAACAGUUAAUUUGCACAGAAUCUUCAUUCUUCAAAGGACUAACUAAUUUCAAUAGCACAAUAAGCCUUGGGUAUUUUAUUCAAGGAGCAUUCAUCGAAAGCAUUUCUGUAAUCUUUUCUAACUAAUAUAAUGUUUCAGAACAUAAUCCUACCAUACUGAUGCAUUAGAGUUGAUUGUUGAAAGAAAUGUUGUAAAAAUGCAUUUAGCAUAGUCUGGAAAAUAUAUUUUUCAUACAUUAAUAAAGGA